UGAGAAACAUUAUCUUUCGCCCCAUGUCCACAAACGCCCAAAAUUGGGACUAACUGUUCAGGUUUUCGUUGAUGUUUAGAGUGCUUAAUUCCACAGCUUUCGGCGUCUGAUGUUUCUUGUGAAGUCGACUUCUUCAGUACUUUCUUGUUUACAACCGCAUAUUGUGGAAACUUCAUCGUCAUCAUGGUGGUGUCCGACGCAGGGAAUUGGUGUCUGAUAGAGAGUGACCCGGGAGUCUUCACAGAUCUUAUCAACAGAUUUGGUGUGAAGGGUGUUCAGGUCGAAGAAUUGUGGAGUUUGGAUGAUGAAUCAUUUUCCAACUUGAAGCCAGUACAUGGGCUCAUCUUCCUUUUCAAAUGGCAGCAAGAAGACCAGCCAUCUGGAACAGUGGUCCAAGAUAACAGACUUGAUAAAAUAUUCUUUGCAAAACAGGGAAGUGAUGUUCCACCUAGUGCUGACCAAGAAGAGAUUUCCCAGGAAAAAGGAGACAACGAUGAAGAAGAAGAAGAACCUUUUGUUCCUGAAGAGACUCUGAGUAGUCAAAGUGUUCCUGAAGACAAAAUCGAUGUUGAGGACCACCUGGAGGUCCAGUCUGAAGGCGAGGAAGAGCAAUCGGCUGCCAUCUUUGUUGAGGAGGAGGAUGUAAACGACCCGAGUCAGGGACAGGCUGCUGCGUUGGAAGAAGAGACGAGGGGGAAGACGAGGCUAAUCCUCUUGACCUCUCCCCUGGGAUGA